CCAGGGAUGGGGGGCUCAGCUCUUCUCAGGGCACUGAGGCAUCGGGGACUUCUGUAUAAUGGGCAGAGGUGGAUGUCAGGGUUAGGAAGGGACGGGGAGGAGAUUCAAACCAUGCUGGAAGAGGCUUAUACAGAUAGAGGGGAGGAAGAGAAGGAGAGACCCAGACUAGACAGGCGCUCACUCACUGAGAGCACAGUCCUCCUCUUUCCAGGACAGGGCAGCCAGGAAUUGGGCAUGGCUGGUGGGCUUCUCAAGUACCCCAAUGUCAGGGAGAUGUUCCUUACCGCCAACAAGGUGCUGGGCUACGACCUCCUGGAUCUGUGCCUCCGUGGCCCCAUCGACAUGCUGAACAAGACCGUCUACUGCCAACCUGCCAUAUUUGUGACUUGUGUGGCUGCCACUGAGAAGCUGACCCAGGAGAACCCGACUUUGAAAUAUCUCUGUAUCGUAGCUCUGUAUGCAGUCAAAGUGAGGGCGGAAGCCAUGCAGAAGGCGUCUGAUGCCGUACCGAGCGGUAUGCUCUCUGUGGUUGGCAAAUGGCAGACAAAAUACAGCACAGCCUGCGCUGAGGCCCAAGACCACUGUCUUAAUUUGGGCAUAAAGGACCCAGUGUGCGAGGUGGCCAAUUACCUGUUUCCAAAUUGCAGAGUCAUUGCAGGACAUAUGGAGGCCAUUCAGUUCCUUCAAGACAAUUCCCGCAAAUAUAACUUUUCCCGGACCAAGCUGCUGCCGGUAAGCGGCGCCUUUCACACCCGCUUAAUGGAACCUGCCGUGGAACCCCUGGCAGAAGCAUUGAAGGGUCUGACGUUUAUGAAGCCUCUAGUUAAUGUUUACUGUAAUGUUGAUGGAAGGAGGUACAAGCAAGGCCCGGCCAUCGCACCUCUUCUCACCAAACAGCUGGUGUCCCCGGUGAGAUGGGAGCAGAUCAUGCACGCCAUCUAUGAAAGAAGGAGAGGAAAGGACGUUCCACGCACCUAUGAACUGGGACCGGGACAGCAAAUGGGAGCCAUACUGAAAGCUUGUAACUUAAAGGCAUGGAGGUCAUAUAGGCAAGUGGAUGUUUUUAAAGAAGAAGAUACAGAGGUGGCUUAACUUUAGGAC